CAAGGAGAGGAUGGUUUGGGAAACUUAAAUACGUUAUAUGUGGCCACGGGCAGAGGGGAGUCGCAGAACAGCGUGUUGGUAAAGGCUUCGACUUUAUUGCAGGUUUCUGAAAUGAGGAGAUCACAGACGACGACGACGACGACGACGACUUGUCUCCCGUGCUAGCACAGCAGGUCCUGCCGGCGAUGGCUGCGGAGGAGAUCGCCGCCUCGGGAACACAUGGCAAGAGGAGGAGACGUUCGUGCUUGCUCUCCUGUUUCCGGGCCUCUCUCGUGUUAGAUACAACCGAAGCGAAGGCUGCGGAGUCCCUGGGCGUGCCGGGUAAAGGACCGCGGUGGUGGAAGUUUAGAGAGAAGAAGAAGACUGUGCCGGUGAACGUGAUGGGCGACGCGACGCCGACGAGAGGGAAGGAGGCGCGGAAGCCGGGGAACAGCGGUUUCCGCCACCGCUUUCAGAAGGACAAUGGAACUGAAGGCCCCAACACAACUGCCCACAAAGUGCACCAGCCCCAACAACCCUCUGCCGGGGCCCAGAAUCCCAGGGCGCGCCAUGUCACGUCCAGAUGCAAGACCCGAAGUGAACCGGCGUCCACGUACCGCGUGCCCGACCGGACCCAAAUCGGCACCCGAACCAGCCAUCCCGGCUCACCCGAGCCUGGACGCCCCGCCGCCUCCACCCAUGUGAAACCGUCAAUGAAGGGCGCCGGAGAGCUGGACUCCGCCGCCGGGCUGUUGGUGGUCGCGGUGGCGCUGGCGCUGCUGCUGUUCUGCGGCCGGACGUGUACGGUUCUCUGCUUGUGCACCUUGUUCAACUUCUUGCCCCGGAUAAGGGCCACAUCGGCCGCGCGCGGCGCUGGAACCGGCGGAGAAGGCGGCUGCGAGAUCGACGUGGGCUCGGAGGAGUACAAGAAGAUGGUGGUGCUCAAGGGUCUGCUGGAACGAGAUGGCCGACGACCGUCGUUGACGAAGCUGGCUGGUGCACAGUAGUUUUGUUAUGUGCUUGGCUAAAACGCAUUCCCUGCAUGUAAAUACAAAGGAAAUAAAAGAAGAAAGAAAAAGGAGAGUAGCAGCAAUUUUCUUCUUAUUUUUAGGCCCUGGGAUUUGUAUGAGAAAACGAUGUGAUAAUAAUUAUCUCACAAGCAACCCGUGAGGUUUUAGCGUGA